AUGUCAAACGAACCAAUCGAAAUACCCUAUUUAUCGUCACAGUUGAAUGAGUUAAAUGACUCUAUUUUAGGUAUACAUGACGAAGAUACAGACUUUAACUAUAUUAACAAGUUGAUAGAACGAUGUGUUAUCAAUUCAAGCACACUUACCACAUUGCAAGAAAUCCCAACAACAUUUUUCUUAACCUUAAAAAAUUUCCUUCAAGAAAAUACAUAUUUUAAAAACUUCAAUUAUGAGGAAAUAUUAUUACUAUUAGAUAAUUUGGUAAGAAUCUGUCCAUUUGAAGAAAUUACUAAAGUUUAUACCCUUGAAGAUUUAGAACAGGCUCUUUUGUCUGAUAUUUCUCAUCUGAUUAGAAUCGCUUGUAAAAUUAUUAGAAAUUCAGAACCAUUAGAUUAUUAUAUAAAUGUGACACCAAAUAAUACGAUUUUCCGUCAUUUAUUGGAGAUAUAUUUUAAUAAAGAUACAGAGUUGGCUGUGGUAAAUGAAAUUGAAAAUAUUUUAUUGAUUUUGACCAAAAAUGUGUCAGUUCGUAAUUAUAUUCUGCAAGAGAAUCUUCCUCUUCUUCUAGACAUCAAACAGAGUUCAGAGACAUUGAUAAAUACAAGACUGUAUGAACUUUUAACAAUUGAAGUAAAUUAUUUUGAUCCACAGAGGGAGUUUAAUGGAAAUUUAUUUAUUUUUAGUGAAGCAGAAAUCUUUAGGCUUUUAAACACCGAUAGUUUUGCAUUUAUAAAUUUCUUGCAAUAUGUCACUUCCGCAUUCAAGCAAAUAAAUUUCUCAUAUAUGGAGACUAGUUUCCCAAGUUCAUCAACAUCUUCAUACGAUAACGGAAAUUUCCUUCUGCAACAAUUUGAAUCUGUGAUCCCAAUUAUUGGUGCAAUUUAUAAAGAUAAUAUAUCAGAUGUCGUUUUAGUUGCAAAAAGUUAUUUUUUUAAAUUUUUCAGAGAGGUUUCUUAUUUGCCUAAUUUAUCCUACUUUAGAAAUUUAGAUACUAAUUAUAUCUCCAUUGAUUACGAUAAUAGUGAUCUUAUAGAUUACCUUUCAUUCACUAAUCCAGAAUAUCUUUAUCAACACUGUAAUGAAUUAAUAUUAGACUAUGUCAAAGUCCUGGCUUCACAACUUUCAAUAUGGAGAAACAUUAUUACCCAUGAAAAUUUAUUUUCCCUACUAAAGAGUAAAUUAACCUCUAACGCUAUAUUAAAUUUACCAUAUUUAGAGCAGAUGGUAUUACUUGAUAAAUUAUCACAGUUUGAACACUCAACGAAAUACUUGAUACUAUCACUCCCUGGUGUUAUGACCAAUUUAAUCAACGAUGGUAAUGUCAACAAUAUAGUAAAUCCUGAAACCAUAGAAAUGAGAGCAACCGUCAUUAGAAACCUCUUAAGAUUUGAAGAAAAUAUAUUGAACGUAUGGUAUAUCCCUCUUACAUCCGAACUUUUCAAAAUCAAUCAUCCAGGCCAAUAUGAUGAAGCCAAGACAAAGAUUGAAGAAGUAUUUUUAUAA